ACAAAAGACCUUGUUGUAAAGGCACAAGUUUUAGCUGGUGGCAGGGGAAAAGGUACCUUUGAAGGCGGCCUUAAAGGAGGAGUGAAAAUAGUGUUUUCUCCAGAAGAAACAAGAGAGAUUUCCUCCCAAAUGAUUGGAAAAAAGCUGUACACUAAACAAACAGGAGAAAAGGGCAGGCUAUGCAACCAAGUAUUUAUCUGUGAGCGCAGAUAUCCCAGAAGAGAAUAUUAUUUUGCAAUAACCAUGGAACGAUCAUUUCAGGGUCCUGUACUCAUUGGCAGUUCUCAGGGUGGUGUUAAUAUUGAAGAUGUGGCUUCAGAGAAUCCUGAUGCAAUAGCUAAAGAACCCGUUGACAUUGUGGAAGGCAUAAAAAUGGAGCAAGCCAUCAGGUUGGCCAAGAAAAUGGGAUUUCCUGCUAACUUGGUAAAUGAAGCAGCUGAUAAUAUGAUUAAGAUAUACAACCUCUUCAUUAAAUUUGAUGCCACUAUGGUAGAAAUUAACCCCAUGGUUGAAGAUUCCACAGGGAUUGUGAUGUGUAUGGACGCAAAGAUAAAUUUUGAUAGCAAUUCAGCUUAUCGUCAGCAGAAAAUCUUUGAGCUACAGGACUGGACCCAAGAAGAUGAGAGAGACAGGGAUGCAGCAAAGGCAGAUCUCAAUUAUAUAGGAUUAGAUGGAAGCAUCGGAUGUCUGGUGAAUGGAGCUGGUCUUGCUAUGGCCACAAUGGAUAUAAUCAAACUUCAUGGAGGUACUCCAGCAAACUUUCUUGAUGUUGGAGGUGGUGCUACAGUGCAACAAGUAACUGAGGCAUUUAAACUUAUUACUUCAGAUAAAAAGGUGCAGGCUAUUCUGGUAAAUAUUUUUGGAGGCAUUAUGCGAUGUGAUGUGAUUGCACAGGGUAUAAUUAUGGCAGUAAAAGAUUUGGAUCUAAAAAUACCUAUUGUUGUUCGAUUACAAGGUACACGAGUUGAUGAUGCCAAAGCUUUGAUAACAGAUAGUGGUCUGAAAAUACUUGCCUGUGACGACUUAGAUGAAGCUGCUAAAAUGGUUGUGAAACUUUCUGAAAUAGUGACCUUAGCAAAGCAAGCUCAAGUUGAUGUUAAGUUUCAGUUGCCAAUCUGAUUGGACACAUGCUUGAUGUCCCCAAACCCUCCUUUUUCUAUAUUUUUUUUUAAUACUGUUCUGUUAUUUCUUCCUUGCACCCUGACUUUUGUGAUGGUUUUCUUUGUUUGACAGAUUCACAUGUAGUUCCUUUAUAUUAAUAUUCAAAAUGUUUAUUGUAAAAGUAUUGUUGUUAAUAUCUACUUAAUUGCAGCUUCCCUCCUUUAGCUUACAGAAACAGAAAGAUGUUCUUGAUAUACCUAUUUGUAAACAAAAAUAGUUCCCAGACAAAAAUGUAUUUCUUCCAAAUAAAAUUCUGGAGUUCAUGGGAUUUUUGUAUUUGUCUCUAUGAUAAGAAGCAUGAUGACUAGACUCGCUGCUAUGUACACAGCACAGCUUUCAUAGGCUAUUUAGCAAUGAUUCAGUAAACACAGAUGGGUAAUACAAAAGGAUAUAAUAAAAAGACAUUAUAUAUUGAAAGUAUUUAUAUUGUGCAGUAGACUGAACAAACAUGAGCAUAUCAUUUGUUAUUUAUGAGACAGUGUAUUUAUAGAAUGCACUCAAUGUUUUCUGAAGCAACAACUCCUUGAAUAUUGUAAUUUAAUCAUGUCUUCAUGGCUUUUGGUACUUAUUUUUAAGUGUCAUCUUAAGUUUGUGCAUAUGAACAAAUAAAGCUUAUUUCUUUUAGCACUGGC